CACGCUUCAUCUGGCAUGGUUGUUCGUGUUUUCUACUUGUGUAACAUGUGUAACUAGAAAUUAGUAAAUAAGAUGAGUUCACAGAAAGGAAAUGUAUCACGGUCGCGACAGCAGAAGCAUCAAAACACCUUCGCCUACAGAAACGACAAGUACGGAGCGACUGUGCAAGUAAAGAAGGCAAAGUCGAAGAUCCACGAUGGUCUCUGUCAACGCUGCAAAGAAGUGCUCGAAUGGAGAGUCAAGUACAACAAAUACAAGACACUAACACAGCCUAAAAAAUGCGUCAAGUGUUUUCAGAAGAGUGUGAAGGAUGCAUAUCACAUCAUAUGUAAGCCCUGUGCUCUUCAGCUUGACGUCUGCUGCAAGUGUGGGAAGAAGGAGGACAUUGUUAUUCCAGUUAACUCACAUCUGGAUAAGACAGAGAACGAAGAGGAUGAAGAACAGAAAAAGAAAGGUUGCAGACGAGGAAAGAAGGACGCAGAUGACAUGGACAGUGAUGACGAUUAUGAUGUUGAUGACUGUAGUGACUUCGGAGACGAUGAUGAAGAUGAUGUUGAAGACUUUCACAGUGACUCAGGACCAAAGAAGACACAGAAGAACAAGUCUGCCGCACUUCCAGAUGUCUCCCAAGUUAACAUUAAAGCCUAAAGACAGAGAAAAAGUGCCAGGUGAACUUGUUUUUACAUACUGUAUACACAGAAGAAGUUUUCAUAUCUACAGUAUGUGGUUUGUGGUGUGACCAUUCUCAAAUGAACUAAAGCAAAUGAACAGUGUUGCUGGUUUGUUGCAUAACCUGAACUAUAAAUUAAUGUCAACAUCAGUUGAGAAGAUAAAAGAUCCCAGAUGAUUCAGAAAGCUUAUGAAUGAUUGUACAUUUAUUUGAGAUGGUGUGCAUUAAAAGACCUGCAAAAUGAGAUGAAUAGGCUGUAUAAUAUACCAUACAUUCUCCAGCCUGUUUACAAGCAGUACCAGGUAGAUACAUAUAUAUUCAGUAUUUGAAAGUACUAUAAUAAAAACCUUCACACUGUUUUUUACUCUGAAGACAGUUGUGUCAAAACAUUUGUUUGUAUCAACUGUUAAUGGCUGCAUAAAUCGGUGUGCUCCAGUAUUUUUUCUUUAUAGUUUGCUGUCCCUGAUCUGAGAAGCACCUGCAUAUUACUGGGAGACACACGGAGAAGCCGUUUAUACAUCAUUUUUAUUGUGGUAUGACAUUUCCUGAUAUUUAGAGUGUGUUAGAAUAUCAGAAUAUCACUGUUUUGGGCCUAUCCCUCAACCAGACUUUUUUUUUUAAAAAUGUAUCAUUGCUUCUCAAUUAAGCAGGAUUAAAUUCACUGAAAAUAUCAACUGAUUUUCUUUGGAAUUCCCUCCUUAAUAUUAAAAAUGGUGUGUAAAUUUA